GAAACUUCAAUAUAAAAGCUUGUCUUGACCCUUGAGGCUUAUAUUGUCUGCAAUAAUGGCCGAGUCCGAGGAGCUAUUUCUACUGGAUUUCAAACCUAGUCCAUUCGCAGCAAGGGUGAAGAUAGCCUUGGCUGAAAAGGGAUUAAGGUAUGAGUCUAGAGAGGAAGAUUUGGCCAAUAAGAGCCCCCUUCUUCUUGAGACGAACCCUGUUUACAAGCUAAUACCUGUCUUGAUCCAUAAUGGCAGACCCAUAUGCGAAUCAAUGAUAAUAGUCCAAUAUAUUGAUCAGGUUUGGAACCACAAAUCUCCAUUGUUGCCUUCUGAUCCUUACCGUCGAGCAGAUGCCUUGUUCUGGGCUGACUAUGUCGACAAGAAGAUUUAUUUUAUUGGAAGCACGCUGUGCACAUCAAAAGGGGAAGCGAAAGAAGCUUCAAGGAAGGACCUCAUUGAAUGCUUUAAAAUUUUGGAGGGAGAGAUUGGAGACAAGCCAUACUUUGGAGGUGAAAGCUUCGGUUACGUUGAUUUAAUAUUCAUUCCAUUCUAUAGCUUCUUCUACGCAUUUGAGACCUUGGGAAACUUCAGCAUGAUAGAAGAGUGCCCUAAGAUCGUGGACUGGGCUCAGAGAUGCUUGCAGAAGGAGAGUGUUUCCAAGACUCUAUAUGACCAGCUCCAGUUUUAUGAUAUUGUUUUGGGGAUAAGGAAGAGGAUGGGGAUUAAGUAGGACCUUUGCAAGAGCGAAGGCUUUUUUACACACUUGUAUUUGUGUUGCAGUGUUCUGGUAUUGAAAUCUCUUUUGAUAACCCAAUAAUCAAGAAAAUAAAACAAUUGUGUUACAUUGAAUAA